AUGACAGAGAUGAUGCACGCAUGGCGAAUGUCAAUUGGCAAGACCCCACCCAUCUUCCGUAGCCGCAUCCCGAUCCCCACUCCAGGACCAAACACAGUCCUAGUCAAACUUCACGCAAUGGGCGUUUGCCACAGCGACUGCGCAAUCCGCGACAUGCAAGAGAUUCCACCCUUCUGGCGGGAAGAAUUCACUCUCGGACACGAAGGAGCCGGGGAGAUAGUCGCACUAGGCGACAAUGUCACUUCCCUAGCCGUCGGAGAUCAUGUAGCAGUCCACCCAGUCACAGGCUGCAAGUCCGAGAAAUGUGUGCAUUGUGCCCACGGGUGGGAGCAAGCGUGCAAAGCCGAAGACAAUGGCAAUCACGGGUUGGGCCAAGAUGGCUUCUUCGCAGAGUACGUGGUCUGCAGAGCAGAUGCCGCGGUUGUCAUUCCGAAAGGUGUGAAGAUACAGCAAGCAGCCGUUUCCCCAGACGCGCUGCUCACGGCCUAUCAUGCUGUAAAGUAUACUGCUGGAGUGACUCCCAAAGACACAAUCCUGAUCAUGGGACUCGGCGGAUUGGGAUUGAAUGGAUUGCAAGUCGCGCAGCAUCUUGGAGCAAAACGUGUCUUGGUAUGCGAUAGGGAGCAGGGAGCUGUGGAUGUCGCCGUGCGAUUGGGUGUCGCGAAAGAAGAUGCGUUUUGUACCGCGGAUCCUGAUGACAAACCUGUUCAUGCUGUGUUGGAGGAGAGGGGAAUCGUGGUUGAUAUCGUGGUUGACUUUGUUGGCCAUGAACAGACAGUACUUGGGGCACAGCUCGCCGUACGGCCUGCAGGAUUGGUUGUGCUUGUGGGAUUGCUGAGUCCGACGGUCACUGUCAUUCCAGGAAUCAUCGUCACCAAUGUUCUGACGUUGAAGGGAUCAUUCUGUGGUACUGUGGAUGGCCUAAGAGAGUGUCUGGACUUGGUUGGUCGGGGUAUUGUCAAACCCGAGCUUGUCGAAGGCUCCAUCAAUGAUUUACCGCAGGUUUUGAAGAAACUAGAUGAUGGCAAGGUCCGUGGAAGACAAGUGCUGAUGCCCGAUUGGUUGAAUGAAGGAGAGACUUGA